UUAACAACAGUAACGUCACAAGGGCUACAGGGGAGUUUUGUUGAAGUUGCAAAGUCCGGGAGCCUCCAGAGGGCUGUCGGCGCAGCAGCAGCGAGCAGCAGAGUCCGUGCGCUCCGCGAGGGCCAGAAGAGCGCAAAGGAGCGCGGACCGAGCUCAGACACAUAGCCCUUUCCAGGAGGCCCAGGCAGAGCCCCAGCUAUGGAACACCAGCUCCUGUGCUGCGAGGUGGAGACCAUCCGCCGCGCGUACCCGGACACCAACCUCCUCAACGACCGGGUACUGCGGGCCAUGCUGAAGGCGGAGGAGACCUGCGCGCCCUCCGUGUCCUACUUCAAGUGUGUGCAGAAGGAAAUCCUGCCGUCCAUGCGGAAGAUCGUGGCUACCUGGAUGCUGGAGGUCUGCGAGGAGCAGAAGUGCGAGGAGGAGGUCUUCCCGCUGGCCAUGAACUACCUGGACCGCUUCCUGUCGUUGGAGCCUCUAAAGAAGAGCCGCCUGCAGCUGCUGGGGGCCACCUGUAUGUUCGUGGCCUCCAAGAUGAAGGAGACCAUCCCCCUGACGGCCGAGAAGCUGUGCAUCUACACUGACAACUCCAUCCGGCCCGAAGAGCUGCUGCAAAUGGAGCUGCUCCUAGUGAACAAACUCAAAUGGAACCUGGCUGCCAUGACCCCCCAUGAUUUCAUCGAACACUUCCUGUCCAAAAUGCCGGAGGCUGAGGAGAACAAACAGAUCAUCCGCAAACACGCACAGACUUUUGUCGCCCUGUGUGCCACAGACGUGAAGUUCAUUUCCAACCCACCCUCCAUGGUGGCAGCUGGAAGCGUGGUGGCUGCAGUACAAGGCCUGCACCUGGGUAGCCCCAACAACUUCCUGACCUGCUACCGCCUGACGCACUUCCUCUCCAGAGUGAUCAAGUGUGACCCGGUAAAUGCUUUGGCCUUGGCUUUGUACGACCUUCUAAAGAACCAACCCUCUCUGUCCCCUGCCCAGGACUGCCUGCGUGCCUGCCAGGAACAGAUCGAGGCCCUGCUGGAGUCCAGCCUGCGCCAGGCCCAGCAGAAUUUAGACCCCAAGGCCACAGAGGAAGAGGAGGAGGAGGAGGAGGAGGCGGACCUGGCCUGCACGCCCACUGAUGUGCGGGACGUGGACAUCUGAGGCGCCCCUGCCACCAGGGCGCGGAGCAGUGACUGGCAGCUCCUUCAAGGGAAGAGCCAGUCCCAGCUGCUCCUCUGACCAGGUCCCUCUUCUCCAGGACAUUUUGCUACCAGAAGGGAAAGUUUCAUUCUCCUUGUUGGUUUUUGUUCCUUUGCUCUUUUUCCCUUCCAUCUCUGACUUAAGCAAAAGAAAAAAUAACCUGAAAACCUUAAAAAAAGAGAGAGUGAAAGAGAGAGGAUAGACUUUGCAUAACCCUGAAUGGGGGGAGGUGAGUUGUGCUACAAAAUAGAGGCUUUUAUACCCCAGUAAUCAACUAGUUUUUAUAUUAAUGUGCUUGUGUCUCUGGUAAGAAAUAGAUAUUAACACACAAGAAGUCUCCAGGGAGGACUAGAUUUGAUUCCUCAUGUGUUUGAAAAAAAAAAAAAAAGGCAUAAAAACAUUUUAAAAGAGAAAAAUCCCAACAAACCAUUUUUAAAGUAGAAGAGGGUUUUAGUUAGAAACAUGUAUUCUUGUGCACUCCCAGGAUGCGCAUCUCAGUGUGGUUCUGGGCGUUCCUGUCCCUGCUUGUUGGGCUGUGUAGUCACUUGAUAAGUCACAUGUAUGUUCAUUUAUCUUGUAGCUAGGUAGAUAUAUAACCUCUUCACCUUAAGGAUGGUUCAUGCAAUCUCUCGGUCAGCGUAGCAGACUGUGGCAUCCUUUUGUGCUCAUCAGAGGCCAGGUGUGCCAGGUACCAGCCAGUCUCAAGGUAGUGGGAAAAGCCAGCUGUCCCCUUCCUGCGACAUGCUACUGUAGAGAGAAAACGAAAUAGUGACAUAAUAUAUUCUAUUUUUAUAAUCUUCCUAUUUUUGUAGUUACCUGUUUAUGAGAUGCUGGUUUUUUUCACCCAGUGCCCUGCAGCCUGCUCACAACCAGGUUACAUUCACAGCUACUUUUCUCUUUUCUGUUGUUGUCGUUUUGGUUUUUCUUCUCCGUAUUCUGAAACCAUUCCAUUUCAGAGCACUUUGGGUCCAGUAGUUAGAGGCAAUAUCGCUGUUGAUGUUGUGCAUGUGGGGAGGGGGGGUUGAUUUUUUAAUGGAAUGGUCCAGGAAUAUUCACGUACUUGUAUGCAAACAGGAUUGCUAAGCAAGUGCAUGUCACUGCGGGGUUAGCGAGAGGGGGAUGUUUUCUGAAGGUUUUGUUCCAGUCAAGAAGAAACAGAUCCACAUUCUCAACAUUGCCAGGAUGAUAGAGAAGUUCCUGUCCUGUAGAGAAAUUGAAGUUCAUAGGAAUCCUUUGGUGCCAGCUGGUGUUUGAAAUUAGGGACCUCAAAGGUUUACCUAGAGAGCAAGUAGUUUAAGGGUUACUUUUAGAUGUUUCAUGAUGGAAGGUUUUUAAACACUAAAAUAUAUAAUUUAUAGUUAAGGCUAAAAAGUAUUUAUUGCAGAGGGUGCUCAUGAGGCCAGUAUGAUUUAUAAAGUAAUGCAAUCUCCCCUUGAUUUAAACACACAAACAUUUCUG